AACUCAUUAGUCUAUCAAUAAAAAUAAACUGCAAGGAAGUGGAAAAAGUAAUUUCAAUGUUAAAUUCGUAAACUUUUUAAUUAAUCUUUGUAAAACUUGCAUUAUAUAAUUGAAUUUAGAAUGUGGGUUUAAGGAGACGUAAUCGAUGCUGUUUCACCAAUAACAUUAAAUACUAUCUAAAAACGUGUCAUCAACUAUUAAUUACGGCCUGAUUUCAUACAGUGUAUCAAACAUUUGUUAUAAUGUUAAAACCAAAAGCGUUGACACAAGUGCUUAGUCAAGCAAAUACUGGGGGUGUAGAAAAUACAUUGCUUUUGACGCAUCAAGGUGCACUACUAGCAUAUUCAGGUUACAAUGAUAAGGAUGCAAGAGUAACAGCUGCUAUUGCAAGUAAUGUCUGGUCAGCAUAUGAGAAACAGGGGAAAAAUGUAUUUAAAGAAGAUAAAUUACACUUAAUUCUUGUAGACUGUCAGAAUGGAAAGAUUGCUGUUACCCAAGUAGCUAAUUUACUACUGUGCUUGUAUUCUAAGGAAACUGUUGGCUUUGGUAUUUUGAAAGAAAAAAUUAAUGCAAUUGCACAAUAUUUAGAAGGACCCUUAAAACAAGUAGCUAGUUCUUAAAAUUAUUUUUAAUGAUUAUCAUAUGUAAAUAAUAUAUGUAUUAGCAUAUUUAGUUAUAAUAAAUGCCACACUGUUAAUUUGACUAUUGAAAUUUAAAAAAGUGACCAAGGUUGGUAACUUUUUAACAAGAGUAUUAACCUCUAUAUAGACAGAAGUGGAUAUAUAUAAAGGUCUACUUUAAUAUAUGUAACUGGAGGCACUUGGUGGUCUUUGCCAAGCCUUUGUACAGUACCAACAAUUAACAAAUGCUUAUAAAAAUAAUAGUUGCUUUGACGGAUGUUGGUUACUUUUUAUGUGUGAACUCUGACACAGCCUACAGCUACCUGCCAGGUUAUCCUGGGAUUGCCAUGGACCACCUGGCAUUUGUAUACUUCUCUGGCUGAAUGCAAAUCAAAUCUGUGUAUCUGACUAAAUUAAAACAACAUUGCGAUGCCCAUUGAGAUAUUAUUUUAUAUAAAGCUAUCUCAAAAGAAAAAAAAGUGGUCUUUAAGCAUUUCUCUUGACAUUGGUUAUAUUUCUCAGUUCUCUGUCUGUAUAUUUUUUUACAAAGGCAAGUUUCCUGACACACCAUCUAUUUUUUGGGUCUAAAGCAUCUUCACAAUGUUUUACUUUACUGUAUGAGUGAGUGUCAGAAUCCCUACAACCUCAUGUAUGAAGAAGAAAUAAUGGCAUCGAGUAUCGAAUUAUAAAUUAAUUAAAUUUUUAAAAUAAUUUUAUAGACUGGUAAGAAGACUAAGGUAAAAUUAUAAGCAUCAUAGACUUAGCAAAGUAAUUUUACGAAAUGUCAAUUGUAACUUUUGUUGACAUAAUAUCAAUGACAAAUAAACUUGGAUUUGAUUUUUGAAUAGUCAAUAGGUACUAUGGUACUGCAUGUGCAUAGUUCAUUCAUGCUUGGUAAAUAGUAAUAGGUAAUCUGCACUCGGCAUCUUAUUUUUCCCGUUCAGACGCGGAUUUCAGAAUCUAAAAAUUUGUAACAUACCUAUAUGUUAACGAAAUUAUAUGUUAUAAUCGCGCAGUGCGCUUAAGUGAAGAAAUAAGUAAAUGGGCAGUUAGGUAUCCAAAACUAUAAUACUAUUCGAUAACCUACUUGUGACAAAAACCCGUUAAUGUAUACUUACUCCGCCAAAUAAAUCUGUAUAAUGUGGUUCCUCACUUCAAAUUGCGAAAGUAGAAUCAUU